GCAUGUCACAACCAGGAAGUGUGUGCACACAGUAUGCAACGAGGAGUGGAAGUAGCAGAGUCUCUGUAAUAAUAAGGGUUGUAUAGAGGAAAAGAGGACAGGCUGUGCUGAUUUAUAGGUUGCACAGAUAGAAGAGGAUACACUGUGCUGUGUUCUUACACAAGGAGCACUGACUGAGAAGAUCUUUUAUUACACAUAAACACACUGCAUUACACUUAUAUAGUAGUUGACAGAGCCUUAACCCCCAUUUUGGUCUGAAUGUAGGCAGUGAAUAUUAUAAGAGCUCAGUGUUUUGUAUGCACUAGAUUCGUGAGACAAUUUGUCUACGCAGCCCUGCGAUUAGAACACACGCCUGUAUUGGAGAUACAACCGAACAUCGCGCCGGUCGGAGGCAACAUAAAUGGACAACAAAAAAUGCGAAACGUGCCAAGAGAAGAGGGAUACGGAGCCCGCAUUUUCUUCACUGGAGACAGGUCAUCUGCUGACCAAACCAAUUGGAUACAUUGAAUCCUGCUUUGCUGAAAAAAAUGGCACACCAAGGCAACCUUCUGUUUGCAGUUUGUCUCGUGGAUGUUUAAAGAUAAGCAGGAGUGUUUUCAAUAAUCCUGAGCAUUCUGUCAUUGAUCUACAACAGUUUUCCCAUGUGUGGAUUUUAUUUAUUUUUCACAAAAAUGGACGUUUAAGUUGCAAAGCAAAAGUUCAACCACCAAGACUGAAUGGAGCAAAAACUGGGGUGUUUUCUACAAGAAGUCCUCAUAGACCUAAUGCAAUGGGACUGACUCUUGCCAAACUAGAUAAAGUAGAAGGCGGAACACUGUAUCUGUCUGGAAUUGACAUGAUACAAGGAACGCCAGUUAUUGACAUCAAGCCAUAUAUUGCAGAGUAUGAUUCACCAAGAUCAACGCAUUCAUUUGUUGAGCCAGAAGAAAACAAAAGGCAACAUGAGGGUAGUUGUGAUGCAUCAGGAAACCGGCAAGAGACAUCUUCAAAACAAUUUAAUAUAAUUUGUCAUAGUGUGGAAAAUAAAGUGGAAGAUAAAGCAGAGAUAUCUAGCAGUCAUGGUAACGUAUUAGAUGACCAUAAAGAGAAGGUGGCUUUGGAGACUACUGAAGGAUCAUCUCUUCCUGUGAAAGCAUCAUGUUCAUUGCAGGAAUAUUCUUCUGGACAAGAAGUAAAGUAUUUAAAUAUACUAGAUCAAAAGACAGAGCUUACAAAUCAAGUGAACGCAGGUAUAAAAGAUGGUGAAGACAGAGCCAGCACUUGUGAUAGUUUUGCCCCAAAUUGGGUGACAGAAUCACCCGUGCCCAAGUUGAAAGUCAGGUUUACACCACAUGCAGAAACGGAAUUGAAGCAGUUUCAAGCAGAAUUUGACUCCGGGGGACCAUCCUUCCGCUACUUUCAGUCAAUUGAAGAAGCAAAGUGUGCAAUCAGCACUGUGCUAUCAGCUGACCCUCGCUCAGUUUACAGAAGAAAUCGUUGCCUGGAUCGUCUGUUUUAUUUUAGCCUUGAUACCAUGCACAUGACAUGCUGGUUUGGUGAUGGGUUUGCAGAAGUGGUUAGAAUACAGCCAGUCUCAAAGGCUUGAUACCUGUAGUUUUGUACCUUGAGAUUUAGUCAUUUUAUUGGGGGGGAAAACAAGUUAAAAUAUCUUGCAGGAAUAGGAAGCAGAAGUAAUGGGAAACAUACUCAUAGUCCUAUAUUUACUGACCCAGAAGAGCAUCUGCUGCUGUAGCUUUUCUACACAGAGCUCCCCAUAGGAUUCAAUGAAAGUGCUUGCUUGUGCCUAGCCAAGAAAAUUUUGACUAGCAGCUAUGCGAUGCUUACAAGGUCAUAUAUUCAAUAUCUUGCUGCAUAAUGAACUAAUGACAGGACUGGGGGGCAGAGAGGAUUACAAAGGUGCAGUUGCACAUAAAGGUGCAAAAUUGCUCUUAAUUU